AUGAAAGAGUUAAGGAUGGAGGAUAGCGGGAUGGGAAGUGCAGCCUGGUGGGUAACAUAUUGUUCACUACAGCCACAGCGAGUGCAGCAGAAUGUCAGUGUUUCUCUUACAGGAUUAGUCGUCAGUUCAAAUACAUUCAGACACAGUAGAACCUGGCAAGGCAUGUCUCGUCAUUUUCCUGAAGCUGCUUUGAGUGAGACAGAGGAGGAGACGCACCUGUUAGCAGAGAAGGUACAUGCAGCAGCAGAAACCAAUGGUGCCUUAUCCAUGUUCAUGCUGGAGGACUGCCCCAUCGGCCUCCAGCAGGCGAGGGAGCAUGAAAUUCUCAAAGAACUGGCAGAGCAAGAGUCGGAGGAGUGCACCAAGAGAAAGAAAAGUUUGAAGAUGAUUCGUUCCCAGUCAAUGUCCUUGCAGAUCUUAGGGAGCACAGACUGGACACGGCCAGUGGCCGGUACCCCAUUCCUGUCCCCCAGCUCCACCUGCUCAUCAGUGCAAGAAAACUGCCCAGAUUUCCAGAGGCUCACUAUUACUGGUGAUUAUUGUGCUGGGGUCACAGUAGAAGAUUAUGAACAGGCAGCCAGGAGUUUGUUUAAGGCUCUGCUUCUUCGUGAGAAAUACUCCAAACUAGCCCAUCAUAAAUUCUGCAGAACCACAGCCCAGUUCCUCUGCAGUGCAAAGGGCACCAGAUGGAGUGAAGAAGAUGAGGUCGUACCAGAUAUCUGCCCAUGUCCAGCAGUUGGGGAGGACCCCUACAGCAUGGAGAACAUCCCUGAGAACCUGAACUAUGAGGUCAAGAUGAAGCAUGGGAUAGUUUAUGUUUAUGACAGCGCAGAGGCUGUGGAAGAAAAACAGCUCCAUGACCUGCCCUACCUGGACUUAAAGGCUUUUACUUUGGAUCUGAGUCAUGUGCUUGCAAUGAUUGCAGACGGACCCGCGAAGACCUACUGCCACAGACGACUAAAUUUCUUGAGUUCCAAGUUCCACCUCCAUGAGAUGCUCAAUGAGAUGGCUGAGCUAAAGGAACUGAAAGGUGUGCCUCACAGAGAUUUCUACAACGUUAGGAAGGUGGACACACAUAUUCAUGCAGCUGGAUGCAUGUCACAGAAACACCUGCUGACCUUUAUCCAGAAUACAUACAAGACUGAUGCAGAGCGAGAGGUUAUGAAAAAGAACGGACAAAAGAUGACACUCCAGCAGGUGUUCCACAGCCUCAAUAAGAAUCCCUAUGAUCUUACUGUGGACUCACUGGACGUACAUGCUGGGAGGCAGACCUUCCACCGGUUUGACAAGUUCAAUUCUAAAUAUAACCCAGUGGGCGCAAGUGAACUUCGAGAACUUUUCCUCAAAACAGACAACCUCAUUAAUGGAGAGUAUUUUGCUCACAUCAUAAAGGAAGUAGCCCAUGACCUGGAGGAGAGUAAGUAUCAGCUUGCAGAACCACGACUGUCCAUACACGGAUGCUCUCCAGGGGAGUGGAGCCGGCUGGCCAAGUGGUUCAUUCACCACAAAGUACACUCUCCUCACAUGAGGUGGAUCAUUCAAGUGCCUAGAAUAUAUGACAUUUUCAAGUCUAAGAAGCUGGUGCCGAAUUUUGCCACAAUGUUGGAAAAUAUAUUCCUUCCCUUGUUUGAGGCCACCGUUAACCCACAGAACCACAAAGAUCUUCAUGUUUUUCUAAAAUAUGUGUCAGGCUUUGACAGUGUAGACGAUGAGUCCAAACACUGCAAUCACACGUUCUCCUUAAGGAGCCCAAAGCCAGAACAGUGGACUUCUGAUGACAACCCCCCUUAUGGCUACUACAUCUUCUACAUGUAUGCAAACAUCAUGGUGCUGAACAACCUCAGAAAGGAGCAGGGCUUAAACACCUUCCAGUUCCGUCCACAUUGUGGAGAAGCCGGAUCAGUCACUCAUUUAGUCUCUGCCUUUCUCACUGCAGACAGCAUUUCACAUGGUCUUAACCAUGGUUUAACCAAGAAGAGCCCUGUGCUGCAGUACCUCUACUACCUGGCCCAGGUUCCAAUUGCAAUGUCACCACUGAGCAACAACAGCCUGUUCCUGGAAUAUCCCAAAAAUCCUUUCCGAGAGUUCCUACACAAAGGAUUGUGUGUGUCCCUGUCCACAGAUGACCCCAUGCAGUUCCACUACACCAAGGAACCUUUGAUGGAGGAGUACGCUAUAGCAGCUCAGCUGUGGAAGUUAAGCACAUGCGAUGUGUGUGAAAUAGCCAGGAACAGUGUGCUACAAAGUGGACUGUCCCACCAGGAUAAGAAGCGUUUCUUAGGUGUGAACUAUAUGAAAGAUGGACCUGAAGGGAAUGACAUCCAGCGCACUAACGUCGCCCAGAUCCGCAUGGCCUACAGACACGAGACACUGUGGAAUGAGCUGAGCUUCAUAGUUGAUGCAGUGAAGACAGAACCUGUGACUUCUCUGCAUGACUAACUAAGCUGUUUAGGACCAUAUGUUUCAAUUAGAGGCACAUUAUUAUAACAGAAUUCCACUAUAUGUAAUCCGUAGUACAUUGCAUUAGUUUUGUGUCAAGGCUGUGCAGAAAAUUUGUUUUUCAAUGCUACUGCAUACUGGAUAUGCAGUACUGUACAUAAAUAAGAGAACAUGGAAUAAUAUUUAAUAUACAGUAAUAUUAAAAACAUUGGAAGAUGUUGAGAA